UAAACAUUGCCAGCAAUGGAAUAACAUUGCAAUAUCAGUCCAGUCUCCGGACCAAGUAAACAUUGAAAUAAACUUAAAUUUCUGAUGUAUUUUCUGCUUGAAAGCAUGUUAAAAAGGAAGAAAAUAUAUGUGGCAUGUCUCUCCGGACUCGGACUUCUUGUUCUUUUGACGGUAUACAAGACCGGCAGCGUGAAGUCGACUUCAUCUGGAGCUCAAGACUGUUUCUUCUGUGACUUUGCUAACCAUAGACAAGGACCUCCCCCAAUUCUAGAGGUAGAAACCGAUGAGUUCGUUAUAUUUAAGGACAAGUAUCCGGUGGCCAAAUAUCACUACUUGGCCAUACCUAAGGAGCACCUUGAUAGCUUCAGUGUUUUGAAUAGAUCGCAUGUUGGACUUGUCCGAAGAAUGGAAUCAGGCAUGAUGGAUUUUCUCAGAUCGAAAAAGGUCGAUCCAGAAAAGGCGAUAAUUGGAUUCCAUAUUCCGCCCUUCAUCUCGGUGAAACACCUCCACCUCCAUGCUAUCUAUCCAUCGUCAGAUAUGAGUUUGGGACAUAGGAUAAGUUUUAUGUCCUCAUUUUGGUUUAAAAAGGUCUGUAGUUCUAAACAUUUUGUAGUAUUUUUAUUAAUUAUAUCAACUAUUACCCAUAGUCCAACAAUGCCAUACAGGGAAUUGGAGAAGCGGGAACUGUGAUUAUCUACUAAAAAUAUCCAAAAGUUGUGAUUCUACUUUUUAUAAAAAUUAAUAUUUCCUUAGUUGCAACAUGACCCAGUUACCUGAAAAUUGUUCAAUUAAACCUGAUUGUAUACGAUUGAAAUAAAAUUAAGAUUUUAUUUUAUUUUUAAAU